GGGGAAUAAAAAAAAAUCCUCCCGAGUCAUCUAUCUUUUCCCGAUCAAACUAUAGAUUCGCCCUCUUAAUUUCGGUCUAAUUACUUUGAAACCCAACCGAUUAGAUCAUCGGAAUAAAUAAAGGACCUCCAAUUCGGCCGGAGAGAGUCGGGGUCGCUGACACGUGAAGAAGCCGACGGAGCGCAUUCGCAAGUCAAAAAGUAAAAGGAAAUGUCGCAGCAGCAAAUGAACAACAACAAUAGCGGUAGUGGCAAUAUUCCGGUGAGCGAGAGGUAUUGGACUUUAGUCGAUAAAGCUGAUAAGAAGUUUUCUAAGAUCAGAGACUUGCCUUACUAUGAGCGGAACAGGUACGAUACAUACUUUUACAAGGUAUUCAAGGUCUACACUCAGCUGUGGAAGUUCCAGCAGGAAAAUCGGCAGAAGAUAGUGGAAGCAGGGCUUAAGAGAUGGGAGAUUGGCGAGAUUGCGUCACGAAUUGCUCAGCUUUAUUAUGGACAGUAUAUGCAAACAAGUGAAGCAAGUUACUUGUCUGAAGCCUAUAUCUUUUAUGAGGCGAUAUUGACAAGGGAGUAUUUCAAAGAGGGAUCAAUUCAGGAUUUCAAUCUUGCGAAUAAACAAUUGAGGUUUCUGGCUAGGUUUUUGAUGGUGUGUUUGGUUCUAAACCGGAGAGAAAUGGUCCAUCAGUUAGUUAAUCAGCUGAAGAUGUUGGUUGAUGAAUGCAGGAGGACUUUUCAGGACACUGACUUUAAAGAAUGGAAGCUGGUGGUUCAGGAGAUAGUAAGAUUUUUGAAAGCUGACACUGCUUUUAUGAAUAUCAGGCCUUUAAGGUAUAGUCUUGUACUGGACCCCCAUCCUGAUGUUCUACCUCAGGUUGCUGCACCAGUUGCAAGAAAGAAUUUGAGAUUGCGAGAUGCUGUGCUGAGCAGCUAUCAUCGUAACGAGGUCAAAUUUUCAGAGCUCACCCUUGACACCUUUAGGAUGCUUCAGUGCCUGGAAUGGGAGCCCAGUGGUUCUUUCUACCUGUCAACUGGUGGUAAAAGUGGUCAGAAUGGAGCCUUAGGAUCUAGUCGCAUUAACCACUCCCAAGAUAUUACUGAUCCUACUUUGCCACCUAACCCGAGAAAAGCUGUAUUAUAUCGACCAUCACUAACACAUUUUAUUGCAGUUCUGGCAACUAUCUGUGAAGAGCUCCCCCCUGAUGGUGUUCUCUUGGUAUAUUUGUCAGCUUCAGGAACAACUGGACAUACAUCGUCUCCCUCAGGUUCUGGGCCUUAUACCAAUACAACAGAGAAUAUUACAAGGGACUUCCAGUCUCAUACAAUUCACUCAGAUGGAACCUCCACUUCAUCUAUGAGUUCACCAAGUGAUAGCCCCAACCCUUCUGCUAGUGAAAACAAAGGGGAUUUUAUCAGUUCUCACACUGGUUGCUUGCAGUUUGGUAAUCGUGGGAGUGGAGGAUUGAACUGUAUUUACCCAAGCGACUUGAUUCCAUUCACAAGAAGACCACUCUUCAUAAUAAUUGAAAGCGAUGUUAGUGAGGUGUUUAAGGCUAUUAGUGGAGCUGAGAAAGGAGAGCGAGCUGCAUUGUUUUUAUCCCCUAGCUGUUCAUUUCCAAUUAGCACCAGCGAUUCUUCUCGUCACUCAGUUGGUAGCCUGUUCACCAUUUUUCUAACAGCUCCGCUGCAGGCUUUUUGUCUGUUGCUUGGCAUUUCAGGCUCUGAUGUGGAAAUGGACACAUAUGAACAUGCUGAGAGCCUGCUUUCUUCGUCAUUGAAUGACUGGGGCCUGACUUUGGCAACAUCAGAUAACCUUGAUCCUGUCUGGGCACAGAUUCUUAGAGAUCCAUUCCUACGGCGGUUUCUUCUUAGAUUUGUUUUUUGUCGGGCAGUAUUGACAUUGUUUGUGCAAACAUACAACAAGAAGGAAUUCCAUCCCGAAUGUAUGCCAGCUCUUCCGAACUCUGUUUCGUCAAUGACGAAUGCCUCCCAAACCGCUGUUCUGCAGCUGGCUAAAACGUUCCAUGCAACCAAACGGUUUGUUUUCACAGAAGCAAUUUCACUUCCCGAUCAUAUAAACAGUGGUAUGGAGUCUUGAUUUUUUUUUUCUUACUCAAAAGUUGGAUUAUCCAUAAAUAUAUGUGAAUUUACGUCUGUUUGAGUUGAAAACCGAGUGUUUAAUGAUUGAAAUCUCGAGUGCAUGCAUGUUCAUUCCUAUGGUCAUUGUUUGCGUGUAUGUCUGUAAAAAUAGAAAUGGAUUUGAAGGAUGUUUUUGUAAUGUAAUGACGAAAGGUUCAUUU